AUGGAAAGUCAAAAGAAACCGGUGCGACCUUCUAUGGAAGAAGAUUUGAAUAAUUGUGUGCAAAUUUUUGAAAUUGUUGGCUUGCAGUUCUUUUCUUUAAAGUCAAUCGCCGAUAAAAAUUUCAUGGAUCGUCCUUCAACUGGUCGAAAAGUGUUUGUGAUUGUGCUUAUCGUUGUAAUAACUUUCAUGACGAUUUUGUUUCUAUCAAAAAAUGAUAGAAUUAAUACAAAAAAUGUUACAGCGAAAAAUGUUGUGAUGUUUUCAAUCAGGAAUUUCAUGAACGUUGGAUUGAUAUUUGUUGUCUGUUCCAGUAUUAUUCAAUCAUACUUGACUACUCAUAAAGCAAAAAUAUAUUUCAAGAAUGUUAAGGAAAUUUCAAAAAUUUUAGAAAAUGAAUUCGGAGUUGUGUCAAACUUCAAGGACAUUCGCAAUCAAACAUGGAAACGAUUCUUGUUAUCAUUUUUAUUCUACAAUAUUGUUCACAUUACCAAUGGAAUUUUUACCAAAGAUCUUCAAGAUUUUCUUAAUAAAAGCUUGGGAAUUAUUCCACUUUUAUAUCUUUGGAUGUUUACAUUCAAAUUUGUGUUUCACGUUAAAUUGAUAAAUCAUCAGUUGAAAACUCUGCAGAAGAUGUUGCAAAAUAUUUUUAAAUAUCAACCACUCAAGAUAAUUGACGCUGUAAAUAUUCCACAAAUAUCAAUCAUAAAACCAAUGAAACCAUCACUUGAUCUCCUGAGGCAUUUGCAAGGAUUGAGAAAAAUUUACAACAUAAUUUAUGCGAAUAGUAUUUUGGUUAAUGAAUGCUUUGGAAUAACAAUCUUAGUGCUUUUGUGCAACAUUAUUAUUGCAUUGACUGUAUGUGGAUACGAAACAUUCAUCUUUAUGCUUGGAGAACUCGAAAAUUCAAAGACAAUAGAAACUGUUUCCAUCAUGAUCAUGUGCAUCUCAUUGCUUAUCGCUUUGGUAUUUUGUUGUCAGCGAACUCAUCAAAUUUUGAAGAGAAUCGGAGCUACAUUGAAUGAAAUGGAAUGUGAUUAUUACGAUCUUUUAACUUCAGAAACGAGAGAAUUUCUGCAAAAAUUUUAUCUCCAAUUAAGUCAUCAACCAGUUAUUUUCACAGCUUUUGGUUUUUGUAACAUAAAUCUUGCCAUGCUUGGAGCAAUUGUCAUAGAAAUCGCUUCAUAUCAGAUCAUUCUUGUACAGUUUUAUGCUUCAUAA